GCACGACUACGCGAGAGAAUGCGAACUCAAAGCCGACGAGUGAGUGGGAAUUUCGUGCCGGGGAAGAGGACGAGUGGGAAUUUUUCGGGGGCGAGGAUUUUCGCGACGGGGGAUGGUGCGGGGAGGACGGUGUCGGGCGGCGGGAGUGGGAAUGUGCAGGGCAGGGCUGUGUCGGGUGGGAGUGAAGGGCUGGGGUUGACGGGCGUGGGGAGGGGUGCGGGUGAGGUGACGAAUUUCGCGUUGCCGAGGACGCCACCGCCGGCGGUGGAGCGUGUUGAUGAAGAAGAGGUUCUGUUGCAGGGGAGGGAGGGGAGGAUGUAAGGGUUCUGAUGGUACAGCUGUGGUGUGAUUACGAACGUGUUUGAAAGACCGCGGCGUCCUCGCUCGUGUUGCCGUCAGGGAUGGAUUAGCGUGGGAUCGAGGAUGACAGCAGGCGAGGUGAAGAGAAAGGGAUCGGCAAUAGCGACAGCAGAUGCGGCCGGAAGGAGCGAGCUCAUCAGUGUAAUCAUAGACGAUAAAAUACCUCUAAUCGGGAG